UGCCAAUUACAAGAACUAACUGUUACUUCUGAACUGAAGGCGGAGAUGGUUAUUGUUAUGCCUGUGCAUUCACGUGUUGAAGCAUGGCGUUCACUCAUUGGACGACACCGUGUAGAAUUCUCGGAACAAGCAAGGAAGAAGCUGGUAUAAAAGCCCAUGAGCUUCGUACCGAGUCUACCGACUAAGUAGUGCGAGUCGUUGGUUGCUUUCUUCUUCAGCAUUCUCCUUUCCGAUUCCAGCAAACGAAAAUGUGUGACGACGACGUUGCCGCUCUUGUCGUAGACAAUGGUUCCGGUAUGUGCAAAGCUGGCUUUGCUGGCGACGACGCACCUCGUGCCGUCUUCCCGUCCAUCGUCGGUCGUCCCCGCCAUCAGGGUGUGAUGGUCGGUAUGGGCCAGAAGGACAGCUACGUCGGAGACGAAGCCCAGUCCAAGAGAGGUAUCCUGACGCUCAAGUACCCCAUCGAGCACGGUAUCGUCACCAACUGGGAUGAUAUGGAGAAGAUCUGGCAUCACACGUUCUACAAUGAGCUUCGUGUUGCCCCCGAGGAGCACCCCGUCCUUCUGACCGAGGCUCCCCUCAACCCCAAGGCCAACCGUGAGAAGAUGACACAGAUUAUGUUUGAGACUUUCAAUUCUCCAGCAAUGUACGUCGCCAUCCAGGCUGUGCUCUCCCUGUAUGCCUCUGGACGUACCACCGGUAUCGUCUUGGAUUCUGGUGAUGGUGUGUCCCACACUGUCCCCAUCUACGAGGGAUACGCUCUCCCCCACGCCAUCCUCCGUCUCGACUUGGCUGGCCGUGACUUGACCGACUACCUCAUGAAGAUCCUCACCGAGCGUGGAUACUCUUUCACCACCACUGCUGAGCGUGAAAUCGUCCGUGACAUCAAGGAGAAGCUCUGCUAUGUUGCCCUGGACUUCGAGCAGGAGAUGGACACUGCUGCUUCAAGCUCCAGCCUGGAGAAGAGCUACGAGCUUCCCGAUGGUCAGGUCAUCACCAUUGGCAACGAGCGAUUCCGUGCUCCUGAGGCUCUCUUCCAGCCGGCCUUCCUCGGAAUGGAAUCUUCUGGUAUCCACGAGACCACCUACAACUCAAUCAUGAAGUGCGAUGUCGACAUCCGUAAGGAUCUGUAUGCCAACACUGUCUUGUCCGGUGGUACCACCAUGUACCCAGGUAUUGCCGACCGUAUGCAGAAGGAAAUCUCUGCAUUGGCUCCACCAACAAUGAAGAUCAAGAUCAUUGCCCCACCAGAGCGCAAAUACUCCGUAUGGAUUGGUGGCUCCAUUCUGGCCUCGCUGUCCACCUUCCAGCAGAUGUGGAUCUCCAAACAGGAGUACGACGAGUCUGGCCCUAGCAUUGUCCAUCGCAAGUGCUUCUAACUUUUGUGUAUGCUUUCAUUUUUUUUCUUAAUUUUCAACUCCAUGUACAGGUAUAUUUUGUACAAGGCAGAACAACAGAGACCAAAAAGCUUUCUAGUGACUCCGA